UUUAUGGCAUUUCGUGCUGCUGCUUGCUGGUGGCAUUAAAUUUAUUUUGCGGAAAAUAAAACAAAACAACCAUGGGAUUCGGGAUUUCCAUUGAUGGCAACGUUGCCGUUGACUGUUUUUUCUGAGGGGGAACCAGUGUGUGUGACUGUGUGUGUGCUUUCGCCUGUGGGGUGUGACGAUUUUGUUUUCUUUCACGUCAUGUUUUAUUAUCCACCUACUAGGCUUUUUAUCUCAAAGCCUUGGUGAACGAAAGAAAUACGCAUUUAGUUUUCUGUUUUUGCCUUGCAAGUGGCUGCUGCUCCUUGGCUCCUGGAAAAAAAAAAGAAAUUCUCAACGUCUUCCCUGUGUCCUCCGUAACAUUCUGCUGCUUUACCGUUGUUCUGUAUGGCACCUGCUGUACAGUUAAAUGUUCCAAUUCCCACAUUAUGAGGUCGUUAUCCCAUCCUAUGCGAAGAAGGGUGUUUGGCGUCAGAAGAAGCGCGUCUCGAGACGGAGGCGAUCUAUAGGAUGAGCAGCCAUGGAUAAGGUGAAAAAGGGUAGAUUGGCCAAGAGGGCCAAAUCUUUCAAAGAGGACAUUAUUGACAUAUUGUCCAACCUUCGCUCAACCCCAAACACCAACCAAGUGACUGUGAAACCGAAGGCACUGCCAAUCACAACCACCAUCACCAAUGGAAACGAAAAAGAACCCAAAAAUGAAUUACUUUGUUUAAUUGAAGACCUGCCUUCGUGCAUUGCUCUCAAUCAACAUUUCACAAGUGUAAUCAACAAAAACAUCCUUCAGGUACGUUAUGCCUUGAAGUUCUAUGAAGAUGUAGUAGUGAAAAAUACAUUGGAGUUGGUUCCUGGCUCAGCCUCCGUUGUCCUUGAGAUUGUUUUCAAUAUCCUGACAACAUUGGGAAAUGUUUCAUCUCCAUCAGGGGAGCACAGCUCUUCUUUAAUAUCUGCCACGACCCUGGUACACCAGGCACUAUCUGAACUCAUAAGAUGGUCAGAUGACAUUCUACUUCAAACUACGACGAUUGAUGGCAGGUCAACACCGACAACGACUGCCGAUUCGUCGCUUCAGGCGGAAGUGAGAACAGUAGUAGAUGGUCUGAAAAUUGCCAUCAACGAUCUUGUCCAAGUGGUCAUCCACAAAGCCGCAAACAAAAUACCUCCACCUUCGACUCCUCAGAGUGCUUCACCGGCUCUGUACGAGGCUUCUCCGUUGCGACCACACACCGACAAGGAUACUAUUGACGGUUUGCUGCCUGCGCCCAGCCUCAAUCGGGUAUCGAAAUCCUCGGAUGGAAGUUUGUUAGAGGACGCACCCGGUAGCGUAGAUUGGAGUUCAGAUUCCUUGCCCGAGGAGCUGGAUCAAUCCCCGCCACCUAAACCCCCUCUACCUCUUAAAGGCUUACUCAGUGAUUUUGUAGGUGAAAUGGCUGCCUUGUCCAUCCGAGAUCCUUUGACUCCACCUCCAUUACCGCCGAAAAAACGAUCUAUAGGUGGCAGUUUAUCGCCAAUGGGAGGCUGGUCUAUCAGUCCGUUCAGUCCCGGCUGGGGUAACCCGCCUGGCCUCCCUGAUUUAGUGCCCAAUCAACCUUGGUUAAACGAAAGCUUUGAUUCGGUUAUGCACAUAAACUCGCUGGCAAUGCAUGGGAUGUUUGAGCAGCAGGUAAUAGCUCGGAAUUCGAGAUGGGAAGCGUCCCAAGAGCGUCGCAGAGAUGUCACAAUGGCCACCAGUUCGACUAGCGUCUUUUCUUCUUCGUCGACUUCUUCCUUCGCUUCUUACAACACUCAUCACCAAUCGUCCUCAUCAGGUUUUCAGUGUUCCGCUACCAACGCCACCUCUUUGUCCUCCAAAAUGUCAGCCAGCGAGGAUCACAUGGUUUCACUUGCCGUACCGCCAGCCUUGCCGGCCAAACGUCGCCAACGGGCCAAUAGGUUGCCGUCCCAAUACGACAAUGUCGAUCAGACCGACUGUGGCAUUUCACCUUGUUCUUCGCUAGCUGGUUUCAUGGCUGUGAAACAAGAAGAAAUAGAAGCGUUUCAUUUUAGCGAGGAGAAACGAGUUCACGCUUCUGCAUCGGUCAGCGGUACCGGUACAACAUUACAAAUGCAUCGCGAAUUCAGCAGCCAUGUUGAACAGUUGGUGACUAUUAGCAGCGGUAACGGCGGCAAUGCACCGCCACUUCCGCCCAAAAAACGACAUGUCAAAGAAUACAUGGCAGCUGUUGGACAAUACUCGCAACCGAGCGAAGUCGAACUCGAAAUUUUCAGGAAGACGAUGGAGGAUUACUAUCAAAAGGCAGCUAUGUGGCAAACGCGUAGUGAAUGUGAAUCAUUUUCAUCGCGUACCAACAGCUAUGUAGUCGCUCCUCCUCAUCCGCCACCGAUAUUGCCACCCAAAAGGGGUAGAUCGUCCAUUAACUCGCCAACGGUGCUACCUCUCCACGAAAUCUCAGCAACGACGAUGGCACGUCUACCCGAAGCUGACACGCCACCCAUCACCCGGCCUCUUGCCUCGAUCAAAGCACCACCUCCCAGCAACACCAAUGGCAUAGACAAGGCCGAUCCAGAAUCGGACAACGAAGAUGGUAUGGAGAAGGUUGACCUCAGUCCGGAACUCGUUCUCAAGCAACCAGAAGAUGAGGGCCCAGAAGUGCGCGGGGGUAGCCUGGACGCUCUCAUCACGCAUGCAGCGAAACUCAACAAGGACGACUACUUUUAUCAGACAGCAUUUUUAGCUACGUACAGGACGUUCAUUACCCCGUCUGAACUAACUCGCAAACUUAUUCAUCGGUUUCAUCACUUUGUACGUUCGCCGGAUGUUCAUCUCCAGCGUGUCGGUCGCAGCGCCUUCUCUUUGUUGAUUGGUGUGGUGGACGACCUUGCCCUUUCCGAGUUGGAAGAUAAACUGAUGCGUCAAAUCAUCGACUUUCAAAGCCAGCUUAUCAGUAGUGGUGACCUCGUCUUGGCCAAAGCACUCCGAAAGAAGUUCCUGGAAAAAUGCACUGCCCGACGUCUUAGAAUUACUAGCUCUCAGGUUCCCCCGGUGCUAACCAGUCUUGGCGUAUCGACGCGACAGAGCCACCUCUUGGAUUUUAAAUCGAGCGAGUUGGCUGAACAAAUGACGCUGUUGGAUGCUGAACUUUUCUUACGCAUCGAAAUUCCCGAAGUUCUGGUAUGGGCGCAGGAGCAGAACGAAGAAAAAUCGCCCAACUUGACGUUGUUCACUGAGCAUUUCAACAAAAUGUCAUACUGGGCCCGAUCGAGAAUUCUAGAACAAACCGAAGCACGUGAUCGGGAACGAUACGUCGUAAAAUACAUCAAGAUAAUGAAGCAUUUGAGACGAUUAAACAACUUCAACUCGUAUCUUGCCUUGCUUUCUGCACUCGAUUCCGCACCCGUACGACGAUUAGAAUGGCAAAAAUCUAUCACUGAUGGACUUCAGGAAUAUUGUGCGCUGAUAGACAGUUCUUCUUCCUUCCGAGCUUACCGGCAGGCGUUGGCUGAAACACAGCCCCCCUGUAUUCCGUACAUUGGCCUUAUCCUGCAAGACCUGACCUUCGUACACAUCGGCAAUCCGGACAUGCUAAGCGACAACCGGAUCAAUUUUGGCAAACGCUGGCAGCAGUUUCAUAUAAUAGAGAAUAUGCGACGCUUCCAGAAAUGUCAAUAUCAGUUUAAACGCAACGAUCGCAUAGUCGCCUUCUUCAACGAGUUUAACGACUUUGUUUGCGAAGAAUCUAUGUGGCAAAUAUCGGAGUCUAUAAGACCGAGAGGAUCGAAUAAUAGUUCUAACUCGGCCAAAAAAUGAAUGAAAAAAAAUGACGAUUUUGUUUUAUCGGACAUUUUGUUUUGUUUUUAAUCACAGAAAAUCACACUCUUGCUAUCAAGACCCAGAAAAUUCUUAAUAAGGAAGCAAUUAGCACAAAAUAUUUUAUCGUCGUAUGUUUUUAACUUUGCAAAAUGGGUCGUUGUUGUUGGUAUGUUUCGUUGUUUAUGGUAUGUUUGUUCAUUUUUAAUCGUGUAUGUUUGUUUGUUUUGUAAGUGUUAGUGUUAGAAACAGAAAUCAGUCGUUAAGAGAUUUAAUUGACCUUGAGACAGCUGCAACAUUUGUACUUCAAUCAUGUUUAUUAUAUCCGCAUAGCUUCUUAAGCCACUGUUUCUAUGUGUGUUGAACUUGAACAUCGUGAAAUCGCGUACUUUAUAUUACAAUCAAAAAGAACCUGCCGCGAUGGUGGAGUUCUGAAAGUGAAAUUACUGAGACUUAAGGAUCGAAAAAUGCAUUUUCGUCGUAUGUGUUAUUGCUGGUUACCCGUGAACUAGUUUUCACUUAUUGUAAACCUUGUGUCCCACUCAACGCGUCUAUCUUGCUAUUUUGUUCACUAGCCCAGUUGGUUUUCUAGAGCCACAUUUAAAAUAAUUGGAUAUUGGAAUAAAUAUUAUAUAAUCCAA